UUCGGAUUGCCAUCUUGAUGAGGUAAGUUGAGUCGGCUUCUCCUUCAAUGGAUACAGGAUCUCAAUCCAAGACGUGGAAGCUAGAACACCAAAGCUUCCUCAUUGAAGGUUUGGUAUCAUUGUUGCCGCCAACUUUCGACUCAAUCUUUUCUCGGAGACAAAUUACUCGCAUUGACAACCAUGAGUGAAGACACUGCAAUUCAGGAUUUUGAAGUCGCUCUGGUGCCUAUGCAACUGGAUGCCUUCGUCCUCAAUCCAGCUGUAUGCGGUACAGGCACCGAUCAAGACACCACGGCUCGCAUCUGUCCCAUCACCCAGCCCAACUACACCUUCUUGAGACUUGAUAGCUUCCUGCUCCAAAGCGAUGUCCAGAAUCACGUCGCUCUGCACAACACCGCUCCAGCGUCUAUCAACUCACGCUUGACUGACCUCGGCGGUCGUCCGGAGCCCAAACCGCUCCGCCACCGUCAUGGCGUCUAUGUUCACUGGACACUUCCCCGAUUCUAUAGAUCGGGAGUUUCCUCAACAGGCUCUGUACCAGAGUCUAGAAGAAAGAAAGAGAGAAUGAGACGGGGACUUGAUGCUGCGUCCACUACGACUAGUGACGCUCCCCACCAAACUCCAGACUUUCUGCAGCCGCCGACACGCUGGAUCGUCAUCAGAAAGCUUGAGCUGGAUACUAUUCAGCCAACCAGCGCAAAAGACGCUUUCAAGGACCGCGAGUAUGAAGCUUGGGUCGUUGAGAGCGACUAUGUUUGGUCCUUAGAAGAUAUCCCCGUCCAGGCAGAUCUACAGACUGAUGUAGCGCCCUUCGUGCUGGGGCAUGCUGGCGAUAAUGUCAACAUCAACGAGCAAGCUGAGGUUUUCAUCGGGCGCAAGACUCCGCUUGCUGAGUGGACUGAAAAUCCCAACCCGGCUACUGAACCUCCGGAUAUCAGUCUGCUUCGAAGUGGAAACCAGCUCUUUGCUGACUUCCAGAUGCAUAAUGCCAACGUCUUCAGCAUCUUGGACAAUUUUGAGUACGGAGAUAAAGAAGAUCCAUCGUAUCUUGACUACGCCAAGGCAAGCUAUUACGUCCUCGGGUGGCAUUGGAAAGACACCGUUGAUCCUCUUUGGAAAGCCGGUGCCGAGUUCACUCAUGGAGAGAACUUGCAGUCGCUGUUCAUGAAUCUCCAGGGAACAGACCAAGCAAAUCCUGACCCAUGGAUGGAUCUCAAGAGUCAGAUCCGUAUCCUCUGUCAUGGCUGCAUGUACGAUGUCGCUUGGGACCACGAGAACAAGCCCAAGAGUGUCCCUGCCGAUAGUUUCAAUGAUCGUCUUCGUGAUCAGAAACAAGCCGCAGUCGCAGUUGGCACAACUCCAAUGGAUGCACUGCUCGCGUAUUGUCAUGCUCGCGGCGACGCCGACGGCAACUCAGAAGACGUCGCCAAACUUGAGGAAGAUAUCCUUGCUCUUGAAUCUCUCCUACAAGCCCGUGAUGAUGGUGUCGAGGGUCAGAGAGAGGCUAAAGACUCUGUUUAUAACUGGUCUUACGAUCGUUCACCGGGCGGCACGCGAUAUUUCUUCGCUGAGGCUGAUGAUAAGAGCACAAACCAGCCCAAAGAACCCGAACCAGAAGCCAUUCAGAGGAUCAAUGAGUUGAAUCUCACUCAAACGCUGCUAGACUCCUGCAACAGAGCGAUGCUACAGUAUCGCUGGGACAUGUUUUCUCUCUGGUGGAAAUAUGCCAGUGAUUUGGGUCAGAGCGAUAAUCAGGGCAAUGACCACAAUGAAGCGUUCAAGGCUGAAGCUGGACGGAUCUCAACCCGUAUCAGUGGUCUCCAAACGCGCAUCACAAAUCUUGAAGUGCAGGUCAAGACUCUGUUGGCGAAUAGUCUCUUGGCCACGGUCGAGUCCACAAGUGAGCCUGUCUUCUACGGGGGAAAUGAUCCUACAGUACUCAUUGGCGGUAUUCCGUCUGGCUGGGCGCUUGAUUAUCUCGAUAAUCUGUCCAUCCGAGCGCCAUAUCAUACCAUUCCGCACGAAGCUAUACCCGAUAAACUGACCGCCAUCUCGGCUCUGAUGGAAGAAAGGAUUCCGGCUGUUUUGACAGCAGCUGCCAAAGCGCUCAUCACAGAGUUCCAUGCCCUGCGACCUGACAGCGAUGUCUCUGGUGAGCCGCCUAAUGGCAAAUUUUACCCGCAAUUCCACGAUCAGUUGACUACCGACAAGCGUUGGCGUGAUCAGUGGGGCGAUAGACAGCCAUGGUUUCCUCUCUACGCUGAGUGGGAGGUAGAAUACACCCACAUCCCAUUUGAGUUCUGGAGUCUGGAUGAACACACCGCGCGCCACUCGGAGAACAAGCUCGUCAGAUAUGGCAUUACAGUUCCAUCUGAUAGUGAGACUCCUCCGCCACUCUGGGAAGCUCUUUCAAGUGCUCAGAAGCAGGAUAUUCGUGUCCUGUCUGGCCGUGUCCUAAUUCUGCCUCAGCCCAGCUUCGCUCUUGGUGCCAAGAUUAAGCAGCUUUUCCAAAACACUCCACCCAGCAUCCUUGAUGAGUACCUCUCAGAAGAAGAUCGAGAGAAUCUCCUAGCCAACAUCAGUGAACUCUCUUAUCUCUCUUCGCCACUAUCUGGCUUCACCAGCGGCCUCGUCACCCAAGCAGAGGGCAGUCAUCUCAAGCCCGAGAACAAGGUCGUCGACUCAAACGGAGAGUCCAGCUCUGUCCUCAAGGCGGCGGAAUUCGAACCCGCUGGCUUAACAGGGGAUAAGCUCCAGCUCAUCAACGGUAACUCAGCGCUUACCCCGUACGCCGCACUGGUCAACUUCACCGACAGUGAUCAUUGCCCCUUCAAGCCCGUUACACACGGCCAGUUCCGGUUUCGCAAGUUCAACGUCAUCGACAAGUUUGGCCAGUCCCUCAUGGCCAUUGAUCAGCGACCGCGGAUUGAUGGUCCACCGCCUAUUUAUCCCUGCAUAAGCAACUUUUAUGCUCCACAGGAGGUAACAAUAGAUGGGCAGAAGUAUGCCAAUACGGUGAUCAAGGAUAACCCGGAGCAGUCUGAGUUUCUGCAGUUGCCCCCGCAGAUGAACCAGCCGGCGCGUAUCAAUGCCAAGUUUGUCAGACGUAUUUCUGAUGACCCGAGUGGUAACCCGGGGCCUGCGACGUGGCGUCCUGUUACGGAGUGGGAGACCCCGAUAUGGGGAUGGGUCAUUACCAACUAUGCCGACUACGGCAUUCAGAUCUUCCUCCCCGAUGGUACUUUCUACCGCGAGGUUCGUGUCGGUGGGCCAUUGGGUACUCUGCAGUCACCCAAGUGGUUACCCUUCAGUCCUGAGACAGAUACACAGCCCACGCCUGAUACGCGCGAGCUUGAUAUUCUCAUCUCCAAGCUGGCUGAUCCGAAAUAUCUUCUUGGUUUCUGGGGUAUGAUCACGACGGCGCAGCAGAAACUGCCUCCAGCUCCUGAUUCCUACGCUCAGUUCCUCAACUCUAUUGUAGGAAAGCCACUUGCGCUCGUCAAUACUGGUUGGUCUGUUGAGCUGAGCGGGCCACCUCUUGACAUCCAGAGCACUCAGGUCAAUGUGGUCGAUCCUGAGCGCACACUGCUGAAGCCCUCGGAUCCUGACGACAAGACUCCCUACUAUGAACUUCAGUUGCGCCUCGGUAAUGAAGAGGCUGGCUAUGAUGGACUUGUCGGUUACUUUGACACCGCGGAUCCUGGGUCUGACCAGCUGAACUAUGACAAGAUCAAGACCUUCUUCGUUCCAGACGGUAACUCCAUUGAGCCAUUGAUACGUCUUGAUACCGAGCAGUAUCCCAUCUUUAGUCCCUUCUGGCAGCCCCCAUUCUCUGGCUCCACUCCCGACGUUGAGCCUCAAGCCUACGAGAGCCAACGCAACGCCCAAAUGUCAAUCUUCGGCGCCAUCCUAGAUCCCUUCACCCCCAUCCACGCAUAUUCUUCAUUCCUCCCAGCAGCAGAGCUCCUCCUCCCACCGUGGACGUGGCAAAAGGCCAUGGACACCAUGACAGCCUUCUUCCACGCAGGACCAUUGACUAUGCCCGUCAAUGACGUGCCAGGAUAUCUUGAAGCUGAGAAGCUGACAACCAAGAACUCUCGGGACAUGCCGAAGCGUAACCUGCUGUUGCCUUCUCUCGGUGGAGGGGACUGGAGUUGGUUUCAGCCUUAUGCUGAGGAGGCUGCAGCAGGAAAUGAAGACCCUGGGGCGGUUUAUAAUGCGUUUGGUAUUGAGAAGAAGGGUGAUUUGAUAAAGCCUGGGUUUGAAGAUGGGCCGUACGCUGCUGUUGAGGGGUUCUUGCAGUUGAGAAACCCUAUCGUUGCUCCCAGCAACCCUCAGAAUGCAUGAAUUGUUGUUUUGUAUUUACUUCUAAUCCGAC